AUGGUAUUCUCAGCAGUCAAGAAUUUUGUUGAGAAGAACCAAGAUUUGGAUAAAAGAAUUAGUAGUUUAAAAGGAAAGAUUAAAGAUAGUUUUCAAGUACAGAUCAAUACGAGUAGUGCAUCGUUUGGUAGUUGGGGAGGUGGUAGUUCAUCACCGGGUGGAAGUGGAGGAGGCAACAAGAAAACAAAGAGAGAUCGUGCCUAUCAACUCAAUUUUGAACAAUCACUACAUCAAUUCCUUCCUCCACCUCUACCAGUAUUGGCACAAAUACAAAAGGAUGCCAUCAUGAAGCAGGUACCCGUUGUCACAGACUAUGCAAUCACACCAUUUUCAUUUUAUUUUGAAGAGAUUGAAGAAGCCUAUCCAGUACCCAAUGCUCUGGUAGAUGAAGAUGAUCUACCUCAAAUACCAGAACCGUCAGAGGGAAUGCAUCCAUACGGGUUUGACACGGUUCAAUACAAUGCUCGAAAAACUUCCUCACCAGUCGAAGACGUCAAACCAAACUUUCUCAAAGGUAAUCCUAAUCCAAUGAAAACAUUCAAUCAAACUGCAGAACUUGAACGUGUACUUUCUUAUCAAGACCUCGUAACACGUCUCAAUUUAAAUAAUGUAACUUAUAUUUGUAUUGCCGAUUAUCCCCUAACAACUAAAACAAAGAAAUUAUUAUGGAAAAAGAUUCAAUUAUGUCCAUUAAUUGAAACAUUGAUUUUAAAAAAUGUUGGUAUUGGAGGUGUACAUAAACAAAUUAGACUUCCAAAUUUAAGAUUCUGUGACUUAUCACAAAAUAGAAUUAAAACAUUAAGAUCAAUUAGAAAGAUUACAAAAUAUUCAAAAUUGUUGGAAGUAUUUAAUUUGACAGGAAAUCCAUUGGUUAGAGAGGGAAGUGAUUAUUUCCUUAGAUUACAUGCAGCUUUACCAGUGUUGGAAACCAUCUCACAGAAACAAACACCUGUAGAGGACCGUAUCAAGGCGAUCACCUUUUAUGGUGGGACAGUGGAACGUGGCAAAAUCGAACAUGUACGUUGGGCAUUGAAUUUGGACAAUGUACCAGAUAUUCGAGCACUCAGACCUGUACAUCCAGGUUGGUUGCCACAGAAUUUGACACAACUCAUCAUGUCCAAUUCACAGAUUAGAUACUUUUACGUUGGUAAUAUGGUGUCGUUGAGGCACUUGGAUUUGAGUGGCAACCUCAUCUAUGAAAUCACAACGGCCGGGUUUGAAAAAUGUGAUAAUCUAUCGGUACUCAACCUGUCCAACAAUGUGUUGCUGCGUAUGGAGAUGCUCAAUGUAUUCGAGUUUACACCAUCGUUGCGUAAUAUCAACUUGCAGGCCAACCCUCGCUUUGAAAACUAUCAGUCUGUCUCGUUCUUUGUCAACGACCCUUCGCACUCGCGAUCUACACUCUCGAAAGAGUACCGUGCGCGACUCCUCACCACGGUCAUUGCCAAGAACCGCAACCUCAUGUUGAUCGACAGCACACCCAUCUCGUAUCUCGAGCGUGUCGACGCAUACACCAACGCCGGGUUCCCACGUGAAGUUGUUGAAAAGUAUCGCUUCUUUUUGGCGUUGACGGUCAAUUGCACGAUGCACUUUAACCGAGAGAUCCAACCCGACCAAGUCGAGAUUGGCAAGCAGUACGACCCAGUUGAAAUCACCGGUCUGCGUCGUCUGCGCGACUGGCACCUCACCAGCGAGGCAUGCAACUUUUCCUACUUUUUCAACGUCACCGAUAUGGAUCUCAGCAACAAUCUGUUGGUCGAUAUUGCCAAUAUCGGCCUGCAGACACUCGUCAAGCUACAACGACUCUCUCUCAUCAACAACCAGAUCCAAACACCCAUCCCCAUCGUCGCACAGAUUCUCGAUCAACUCGUCAGUCUCGAGACAUUUGCCAUUCGUGCAAACCCCAUCAUGCAGUCUCCCACAGACCGUCUUGCGCUCAUUGGCAGUAUGGCCACCAUGAAACAACUCGAUCAAACCCUCAAAGUAAUCGAUACAGAGAUUACCAUCUUUGAUAAAGUUGAAGGUUGGAAGGUUGCUGGUGGUUCAACAAGAGAUGCUGAAACUUUUAAAUUAUCUUAUAUUACUUCUGUUAAACAAUUAAAUCUUUAUGAAAAUACUUUGGUAACAUUAGAAUUAGCAGAUUGUUCAUUGGAAUAUUUGGAUCUAACACCAUUUAUUAAUUUAAAGGCAUUGUUGUUACCAAACAAUCGAUUUUCAACAAUGGAUCAAUUACAAUCGUUAAAGACGUUAAAAGACCUGUUUGCACUCGAUCUUAGAUACAAUGAAUUAAAGUUUGUCGAUGAUAUCAAAGACCAUGUGUUGGCACUGCCGUCACUCCAAGUGGUUGGAUUGAUGGGUAACCCCUUCACGGCCAAGAACGACUUGUCCAAAUACAGAGUUAAACUAUUAUCACAUAUCACGCCAUUAUUCCAAACUCAUCGUUAUCCACUUUGCAUAUUAGAUACUACCGAAAUACUUCCUGAAGAAAUCACAGAGGCUGCUACCAUUGCUGCCAAAAAUAAUAACAAUAAUCAUCAUCAUCAUCAUAUCACCACCAACACUGUUACGACAACAUCAACAAAUAGUUUAAAUUCAAAUGGAUCAUCAAGUGGAAAUGGUAUCAUCAACAAUAACAACAACAACAACAACAACAACAUCGUUUCAGAAGACAAAAAAGAACUUUCAUUCAAUAUUUCUAUACUUCGUCGUGCUCUUUUCGUUUCUCCACCUGAAUCACUCACUGAAUUGGAUCUUGGUAGUUGUGGACUUUCCCAUUUAUUCCUUCAAAGAUUCCCAAAUCUUGUUGUUUUAAAUUUAUCUGAUAAUUUAAUCUCUGAUAAUAAUCUUAAAGAGAGUGGAAUUAAUGUAUUACAAUCAUUAAAAGCAUUGGAUAUUAGAAACAAUAGAUUAAAGGAUUUGGGAAAUCUUGGACGUGUCAUUGAUUUAUUGAAUCUAGAGAUACUCUUUAUCGAAGAGAAUACAUGUUAUGACAAGGACAACGAAAAGGAUAGAAUUAGAUUCUUUAAGAAACUAACAAACACCAAGAUACUUGGUACAAUGAAAUUCUUGAAUGGAACUGCCAUUACAACUGUAGAUGUUUCAAAGUUUGGUAAAACAAAAAGAAAAUAA